AUGGCCCAAUUGAUCUCCAACCCUCGAUAUGUCUUCUCGGCUGCUUUCGUCCUGCGCGCUGUCCUGCUUGUCUACGGCCUCUUCCAGGAUGCCUAUUCACCGAUGAAGUACACUGACAUCGACUACUUCGUCUUCACCGAUGCUGCCCGUUUUGUCUCCCAGGGCGCAUCUCCAUACAAGCGUGAUACCUAUCGCUACACGCCACUGCUUGCCUGGCUCAUCUAUCCUACCACAUGGUCCCGCCUAUGGUUUCACUCGGGCAAAGUCCUCUUCGCCCUCGGCGAUAUCAUUGCCGGUUGGUUUAUAUACCAGAUCCUGCGACGCACUGCCAAGAUGCCGACCGAACGAGCGAUAAAGUUUGCAAGUAUCUGGCUUCUGAACCCUAUGGUUGCUCAGAUAAGCACCAGAGGAAGUUCCGAGGGCCUCCUCGGCGUUAUCGUCACUGCUUUACUCUGGGCAGUUGUUCAGAGGCGCAUCGUGCUCGCCGGGCUCUUGCUAGGAUUUGCAGUGCAUUUCAAGAUAUAUCCAUUUAUUUAUGCUGCCUCCAUUGUCUGGUGGCUUGAUGAUCAAAAUCUGGGUAUGCCGAAAACGACUGCCCAGUCUGGGUCCCUGGCGUUCUUUAACAGAGCACGCAUCACCUUGGCCAUCGUUAGCCUUUUAACUUUCAUGGCACUGAACGCCGUCAUGUUUUUCAUCUAUGGCGAACCUUUCCUCGAGCACACCUUCUUCUACCACGUCAUUCGACUCGAUCACCGCCACAACUUCUCGCCUUACAACACGAUGCUCUACCUCAACUCAUCUCCCAUAGUCAAGCCAGUUUUGAAACUCGAAUCCUUAGCAUUCAUCCCUCAGUUGCUUUUCAGCACCAUCGCAAUUCCCUUGGUACUUGCGAAGAAAGACCUACCUUCCACGAUGCUUGCUCAGACAUUUGCCUUCGUUACCUUCAAUAAGGUCUGCACGAGCCAGUAUUUCUUGUGGUAUCUUAUCUUCUUGCCUUUUUACCUUCCCACAUCCUCUCUUCUUCAAACCCCUUCUAAGGGAAUGACGGCCCUUGUCCUGUGGAUUGUUGGACAGGCGCUCUGGCUACAGCAAGGAUACCAGUUGGAGUUCUUGGGCAAUUCCACUUUCGUUCCCGGCCUUUGGUUGGCUAGUGUGGUCUUCUUCCUGAUUAACACAUGGAUCCUCGGCGUUGUUGUCACAGACAUCGGAAGCACAGAAACUACGAGUCUUGUCUCUGGAAGCGAUAGGAAAACUUCCUGA